GAGCGGAAGAAACGACCGGAAGUUUACAAACAUUCACCGAGUUGGCUAAAGGCGAAGCUAACAUUUUUUAUUUUGUUUUGACCAAACGUUGAAAGGCAUCGGUUUAAACAAACAGGGGAACGAUGGUUUGUGAAAAGUGCGAGAAGAAGCUUGGUAAAGUCAUCACACCUGACACCUGGAAGGAUGGAGCACGGAAUACAACAGAGGGUGGUGGUCGAAAGCUAAAUGAAAACAAGAUCCUGACCUCUAAGAAAGCCAGGUUUGACCCCUACAGCAAGACAGGCUUUGCUACCUGCAGGAUCUGCAAGAGCUCAGUUCAUCAGUCCGGAUCACACUACUGUCAGGGCUGUGCAUACAAGAAAGGAAUCUGUGCAAUGUGUGGAAAGAAAGUUUUGGACACCAAGAACUACAAACAGACAUCUGUGUGACAGUGUGCCGAUCAGUGAACGAGUGAAUAACGGAUGUGAGGAUGAGACUGAUGGUGCAUGUUUGUCAUCUUGUCACAUUUUCAGUAUUUUUCCACAAUGUUUUGCCAUGGACAGCUAUCACUCUUUAUUCCUUCCCACCUGUGUGAAAGAGAGAUCUGGAGGUGGCUUUGCCCUCUUACUAUCAUAUAAUGCCACUGGAACUAUUACAGUGGCCAUAAACAGGGAAGCACCGUCGUCUCUUAACACGCCACCAGUUAUCACUUGUUAUGUUUUUUUUGUAUAUUUUAAAUUCAAUAUUGUUGCUUUUUAAGAAAUUUUGAUUUCUGUAUGUAAUAUAUCAAGAGUUGCGUUUUUGAGUGAAUUAAAGCAUUCUAUACAAGGACA